AUGGAUGAAUGGAAAAGUCGUCUUGUAAUCAAGAGCUCGCUUCCCCAUUACGCCAUGGUGGGAAAUCGUCAGGAGCCCAGAAAGCUCCAGGAAUCGCCACAGGGCACCACUAAGAGGAGACAAGCAGGAGACAACUUCCAGCAAUAUCCAGUCAUGGCUGACGGGGGUUACCCUAAUAAAAUUAAGAGACCCUGCCUUGAAGAUGUCACACUUUCUAUGGGCCCAGGUGCCCAUCCCAGUGCCCCGUGUGCCAAGCUGCAGGUGCCUCCAUUGCCAAUGAACCCAAGCACAACAGCUAUGGGCGUAGCUGGCCAUUCACUCCUCCUUGAAAACAAUCCCAUAAAUGGCAACCUUAUGGGCUCACCAUUUGCGGUGCCCCCAACAGCAGAAAUGGGGCUGAAAGGGCCCACUGCCCCUUACUAUGACAAAGCCAACAGCAUGCCAAACAGCAUGUCAGCUGUAGAUCAGGAACUUCAAGAUCUGCUGGAGGAGCUAACAAAAAUUCAAGAACCUUCUUCUAGUGAUCUAGAUCUUGAGAAGAUCCUGGGGAGCAAGCCAGAGGAACCGUUGGUCUUGGAUCAUCCCCCGGCAGCCCUAGGCCCAACUCCGAAGCCUCCAGUGCACAUGCCACGCUUGGAGGGUCUGGGUUCCAGCAAAGACUUUGCUUCGAGUUGCAGCCAAGUGGCCGGUGUGUCGCUCCACAUACCACUCUCUUCUGCAGGGAUGAACUACACCAUCCCUUCUACCAGUAAGCAGUUGGUCUCACCCAGUUCUUCAACAGCACAAGCCAAGAACCAGGGCCAGGCGUUGCUCUCAGUCACUGUGCCACCACCCCAGGUGCCUCAGUGGCAUCAUGCCCACCAGCUGAAGGCAUUGGCAGCCAACAAGCAGGGAUCUACUACGAAGCAGCAAGGGCCCCCACCCAGUUGGUCUGGUCUGCCUCCACCGGGUCUCUCUCCCCCUUACCACCCAGUGCCAUCUCCACACCCACCACCACCAUUCAGCCCACAGAGCCUCAUGGUGUCCUGCAUGUCAUCCAGCAACCUGCCGGGCAGCUGUCUCCAAGGCUCUCCCAACGCCUUGCUUGCAGGCAUGGCUACCAACAGCAACCCUGCCCUGGGGCCAGUCAUGCCCUACGUUCCUGAGAAGCUCCCCAGCCCUGCUCUCAGCCAGCAGUCGCAGUUCAGCCCUCAGAGCUCUAUUCUCGCCAACCUGGUGUCCUCAAACAUCAAGAACCCCCAAGGACAUUUGAUGUCUGCUCUGCCCACCAGCAAUCCCGGGCCCUCACCACCCUAUCGCCCAGAGAAGCUCUCCAGCCCUGGCUUGCCACAGCAAUCCUUCACCCCCCAAUGCUCACUGCUACGGAGCCUCACACCCACCAGCACUCCACUAAGCCAGCAGCAGCAACAGCAAGCAAGUGCAAUCUUUAAGCCCAUGCCUACUGGCUCCUCCAAAACUCUGAGGCUGAUCAUGCAACAGGGGCUGGCAAGCCCCAAUCCAGGGGCCCCGGAGCCCUUUACUUUUGGCAACACCAAGCCCUUGUCCCAUUUUGUCUCUGAGCCGGGUCCUCAGAAGCUGCCCUCCAUGCCUGCCACCUCUAGGCAGCCUUCCCUGCUCCACUACCUGCAGCAACCGACGCCAACACAGGCUUCUUCGGCCACUGCCUCCUCCACCGCCACUGCCACUUUGCAGCAGCCUGACCAUUCUUCGUUCCUCCUGCAGCAGAUGAUCCAGCAACCCCAGCGCCUGCCACGAUCGCUGCCCUCAGAGCCCAGACAGGCCUGUUGCCAUCUGUUUGCAUGGACUUCUGCAGCUAGCUCGGUGGAGCACCAACACCAACACUGGGACCCUUUCACUAGCAGGCAAGAUGCUCAGCCUGGAGACGCAUCAUCGUCUAUCAUUACUCAUGUAGACAAAGCCUGCAAGCUUGGGGAAGCCAGGCCCCCCCAGGUCAGCCUUGGGCGGCAGCCCCCACCCUGCCAGGCGCUGGGGAGUGAGCCCUUCCUGCCCGGCAGCUCCUUUGCUCAUGAGCUGGCCCGAGUCACCUCCUCGCACAGCACCUCAGAGGCAGCGCCCUGGGGCGGCUGGGAUCCGAAGGCCUGGAGGCAGGUACCCGCUCCACUGCUGCCUAGCUGCGAAGCUACAGCCAGAGAAACAGAGACCAGGUCUUAUGGCAAUGACCCCUGA